UUCAUAGCAAAUCAUGAUGCAUUUGCAUAACUUGAACACAAAAGUCCAAUAAAAAGCAGCCUCCACCACCCACGGCAAUGGCAAUCAUGUAAAUACCAUACAUUUGGUUCAAUUCCGAGCAAGAGAUAAUAGUAUGGAGGCUUUGAUAGCCUCUUAUGGAGACGCAUCGUCGGAAUCCGACUCCGAGUCGGCAACCCCAUGUCAGCCUCCAACGUCUUCUACUCACCCGGAAUUAACUUCUCUUCCUCCGCCCCCGGUUUCUCUCCUUAUUCCCCCGAAUUCCAUCAGAGGUCUUGAUUUUUCUCCUGGAGAACAGCCCGGCAGAGUUAGGACAUUUCCUCAUGUCGAAGGGAAUUACGCUUUACAUGUCUAUAUCCCAGUUUAUAUACCAUCUGCGCCAAAAAAGGAGCUGGCUUUGUUCUUGAAGAAAUUGUCUCGUCUUGUGCCUGGUCUUUACGUGGUCGACGUUGAUAUCCCACUUGACAUUAUUGCCAAAGAUGAUAAUAAGCUUGAACAAGUUGCUUUAGGGAGGGAAUUUCAUAUAAGCUUAGGUAGGACUGUUCCAAUCCGAGUUCACCAGAUUGACUCGGUGGUGGCUAUGCUUCGUCAGAAGCUUCAGUUUCAAAGGAGGUAUUGGAUUGAUUUUAGUAAAUGGGAGGUUUUUCUCAAUGAUGAUCACACCCGAACCUUUUUGUCAAUGGAAGUUACUACAACGGGAUUAGCUGAGAUAACAAAGCAGAUUCAAGCCGUCAAUGAGGUUUAUAAGCUUCAUAAUCUUCCUGAAUUUUACAAGGAUCCACGUCCUCACAUUUCCAUUGCUUGGGCAUCUGGUGACAUCGACCAUUCCUUGAGGAGUGCGGUUCAAGAAGAAAGAAGAGGCACGGUUGCGGCCUCGUCGAAGAAAUGCAUUUUUACUAGUAAAUUCACUGGUAUUGAGUGUAGAAUUGGUAAUAAAGAGUAUAAGAUAUGUAAGAUUCUAGAUAAGUGAAAAGACGGGCCAAUCACUUCCAUUACCAUUAGUAUGUUUUUUUUUUUUUUUUAACAGUUAAUAUGUGUUUGCCUAUUUGGUAUUUUUUAGAGCUGUGCAUUUAUUUGAGUUAAGUUUUAUCUUAUGUGGCUAAUAGAUUGUUGAUUUAUCGUGUCA